AAUUGACGUUUCUCAUCGGCAACACUGCCUUCAGUGUCUUUGAAAUUUGAAAGUUUGUAUUUUAACCGUAGAGCAGAAAUGAAAUGAUAUAUUAAAAACGAUAACAGAUAAGUACCAAGUACUCUCUAGUCAUCUAAUAUCAAUUUUGAGAUAUAAUUUCAUGAAAAGCAGAACUCUCAAUGAGAUCGCGUUAAGACAUUGUCAGUUGAACUACACCAAUAACCUCUAAGAGGAUAUGCACAAAACCUUCUCUACCUUAGGAAUCCUAAAAUACGACUGAACUCAGCACCGAAAAUGUCGUUUCUCACCUCACCGUACUCUGUCAGACUGCAGGACUUGAAGCUCUGGCAAGGAAAUUAUGAUAAUCUGCUUAAAACCAAAUCCAGCGAAGUGACUGGUUCCUCUGACACCGUGGAAGGCAUCUCUGCAUUCGACAGCCCGCUUGCAACCCCCGUAUGUUCACCCCGAAAACAAGUAGACUGGGACAAAAAAGCCAUAACUCCUUCAAAGCCCUUUGAGCAGUUACUGGAAGAGAAACUAGCGGAAGAUGUUCCUGCUCAGGUUCAUGUCAAACCCAAGAAACCUUUUUUAAAAAAGGGAUCAGGGCUCAUCAGGUAUGGCUUGACUCCAAAAUCUGCUAAUGUAAGGUUCAACAAGAGGGUCCAGCUGUCGAGCGCUUCUUCCGAAGGGAGACUGGGGAAAAGCAAGAAUUCGUCUGAACGGCAUAAACACUGUCUUAAUCGAUCAAUACCGGCUGGCGAAGGCACUCAGUUGACACUAACCCCUUUGAAAGCUCCUGACGCUUGUAUCAAACCUAAAGCUACGUGGAGUAAAUAUUCGGACGAAGAAACUAGGACUGUUCCAGAAAAUCAGGUUACUCCAAGGGGACUAUUCAACUCUUAUCUUUUAGACAGGAUCAAUGAGCUGGCGUUCAAGCAUUUCGUGCCGGGGAGGCCACAAACUACUUCUGAAGUUGAGCACAACACGGAGACUGCCUUCACCCAAGCCAAUCAUGACAAGUUCCGGCAGACGGAGCAUACAUCGGGAAAUACGACAGAUAAAGAACUCCGUAUAUUCGAAGCCUUGGAGGAGCGGGCUGAAGACAGCAGCUUCUCAUCCACAAAUUCCAGCAUUAUAAGACUGCUUUCCAGCACUCCGCACAAAGUCAAAUUACAUCCAAAAAGGAGCCCCAUACGCGAAGAGAGAAAAGAGGAAUUGAAAUGUAACACGGACAACAGGCAACUGAUCCAAAAGUUGCAGGAAGUGAACAGAAAAACUGUUGUUCUGAACGACUUCCUGCAGAACUUUAGGAAAAUCUCCGCUGAUGACAUCGAUAAAGUACCAGUAACGACCACACUCGAGGAAACCAAUUUCUCAGAGGAAGACACCCGUUCUCACUCCCAAUCCAGCUUCUACACAGACUUCGAGAACACCUUCAGGGGCCCCACCAGAGUCGAUACCGCGGUAAACACCAGUUUCAAGGAUAAGGAGGAAACUGCCCCCAAAGUCGAGACUUGCUUCAGCUGUGGAGAGCUAAAAAAGCAACUAGAUAGGCUUUCCAAAGAGGUGCCAGAUAUACAGGCCGAAAAAGCUAGAGUUUGCGAUUUCGCCAAGGAUUUGGAGAAGAAACGGGACCAGCUCAGCAAAGAGAUCCAAAAUCUGAAGAAGAAAUACGAAGAAGACGUAGGGGAUCUGCGCGAGGAGCUGGAGGGGGAGAAGAAGAAGUUCGUCAGGGAAAAGGCAGUUUUCGAUAUGUAAGUCUUGCUAUAAAGU